GGUCGCUUUCCACUGAGGAUGCAUUACCAGGCCACUCCUGACAGCCGAGCUGCGCCUCAUUUUCCAAGGUCUCACCUUGCUGAAGCAGUUGCCAAAGCCAAGGCAGGUGGAGGUGGUGGUGGAAGCACUGGUGGAACUGGAAGAGGUCUUGUGGGGCAGAUUAUCCCAAUAUAUGGAUUUGGCAUCUUCUUAUAUAUCCUGUACAUUUUAUUUAAGCUGGCAUCUAAGGGAAAAACUCCUGCUGGAGAGCGGAAAAGCCCUGCUGCUGCACCUGGAAACAUGAAGAGGAAAAUCACUGACUAUGAGCUCACCCAACUCCAGGAAAAACUGAGAGAGACAGAAGAAGCUAUGGAAAAAUUAAUCAACAGAGUAGGACCUAACUGUGACAGGACUCAAAAUGUUACAACAGACCAGGAAAAAAGGUUACUUCAGCAACUCCGAGAAAUUACUAGAGUUAUGAAAGAAGGAAAAUUCAUAGAUGGCACCUCUCCUGAAAAAGAAGCAGAAGAAGCUCCUUACAUGGAGGAUUGGGAAGGUUAUCCAGAAGAGACCUAUCCUGUCUAUGAUCAUUCUGAUUGCUUCAAGCGCAAACAGGACACAAUCCUCGUAGAUUACCCUGACCUGAGCCAGCCCUCUGCAGAAGAACUGGCAGAAAGAAUGGAGGGCAUGGAAGAUGAGGAGCACCUGUGCAAGGAAACCCUGCUAGCUGAUCUCACUAUGGAAAGGGGAGAUGAUCUAAUGCAGAAAACUGAUGAGAUAACUGGUAUCUGUGAAGAGGAGAGGGACCUUCAUCCCAGCCAACACCUUGAGGAGUGCUGCUGUUGUUAUGAGGAUGAUGAUCCUGCUGUCAUAGCGGAGAAUGCUGGGUUCUGCUCUGACAGCUGCAGUGAAGCAGAAGAGUCAACCCAAGAGGACCUGUCUGUGGAGUCAGAAAAUGAAAAUCCAGCACUGAAAAAGCAAAGAGCCGGUGAUUCAGAUGAAACAGGCACUCUGAGAAAGCGCAACACAAAAGGACUGGAGUAA